AUGUCCCUUCUGAGCUUCUACCUACGAAUUUCAUCCCAGUCAGCGUUUCGAAGAGCCAUUUGGGCCGCUAUAGCAAUGGUGAUUUGCUACACGGUCGUGAUUGCGUGUCUGCUCCUUUUCGGUUGCAGGCCGAUACGUGCCAACUGGGACCCCAGGUUAUUAAUAGCCGGAACGUCGGAUCAAUGUGUAGAUUCGGCAUCCAUUUACAUCGCCAUUGCUGUUGCAAAUAUUGUCUCCGAUGUGGUCCUCUUCACCAUCCCAAUCCCGACUGUUGUUCGGUUGAAAAUGCCUCUGGCUCAGAAACUUGGCGCAGUACUUAUUUUCGCCGUUGGUUCUCUGACCGUUGCCACCUCAAUUAUUCGAAUGGCUUAUUUGCCGUCUCUCCUGAGUACCACUGAUAUCCCAUGGGUCGCCGCCCCUGCAAACGUCUGGGUUUUUGCCGAGGCGAACCUCUUUAUUGUAUGUGUCUCCAUGACUACAUUCCGAAAGUUCUUCCAACGAUUUGCACCAAAGUGGCUCGGGCUCGGUAGUACGAUCGAUGAUGGAUCCAAUCCGUUAAAGUCCACGACCUACAAUAUGUCAGCAAGUCGAAUGUCCCGACAGAACCGUACGGGAUACUCGCAAUUUGACUCUGCGGAAGUCGAAAACAUGCCUAGUGAGGACGAUCAACGUAUUGAACUACGACCGAUACCUGCAGGCGGUGUAGUUGAGGGGACAACAACAACAACCGUUGUUGGAUCUGAAGCUGAGGAGGCUGGGCCUCUUCCCCGAGACGAUGCCAGCGACCAGGCAAUAUUAAACAAUAACGCAAAUAAAGGGGAGAUCAUGUACACGAAGACAUUCGAAAUUCGGUACAGUAAAUAG